CACUUCACGCGUCCAAUUGGUCACUGUAGAGAGUUAUAAAGGAACAUUCUAAGAAGACCAAGAAAUUAAAGAAAAAGAAAAACUAAAGAUUUUAUAUAUACAUACAUAUAUCCGGUUGUGGAUGUAGAGAGAGGAUUAAGAGUGAGAGAGUGUAGAGCAAGGAAGAAGAGGGUCGGUUGGCUUGGACCAUAGGGGGAUUUCUUGAGAGAAAAUCUUGGAUUAAAUCCUAGCUAUUGAACCGUGUGUUGUCUGUUGUCCCGACAGCUUUGAUUCCGCAUUUUCUGAUCUUUUUUUGUUGGAAGGUCUACAUAUUGUUGGGAAACAGGGAAACGGAGCAAUAAUCCUUCAGAUCUGGCCGUCUGUGCUCACAGACUUGGAGUCUCUCUCUAAGUCAGUUCUGUGCCUUGUUCUGUAUUUUGGCAUUGUUUGGCUGGCAGUGGUUUGGAUCUUGGCUUGCUGAUUGAUGAUCACUGUUGGAUUGGAUAAUUAUCUGGUUCAAUCACAAUCGGAAUCUGAGUUUGGCAUUCAUUUGAGAGAGACAGAGAAGCUCUCUUCUGUUGCCAUCUCUAUUACCAAUUGUGAGAACCACCGUUGUUGAUCUUUCUCUAUCGUCCAUGUCCCCUAAAUUGGAUAGCCCAGUUCAGACCCAGAUGGCUGUGUCAGUGUUCAAAAGCCCACUUGCUAAUGGGGAGUACAGUGGAACCAACAGGAUGGAAGGGAAGCUAGCAGGAAGGAGACGAGUUUUUGUUCAAACAGAGACAGGUUGCGUUUUGGGGAUGGAGUUGGAGCGGAGUGACAAUGCACAUACUGUGAAGCGGAGAUUGCAGCUUGCACUGAAUUUUCCAACUGAGGAGAGUUCUUUGACAUUUGGUGAUAUGGUGUUGAAGAAUGACCUCAGUGCCAUUCGAAAUGAUUCUCACCUUCUUCUAACUCGCAACCUUAUGCAUAGAAGCUCGUCAACUCCCUGUCUCUCUCCUACUGCGAGGGACAUCCAACAGAGAGAUCAAAGUGGCCCAAUAGAGAUAUUGGGGAAGUCAAUAUGUUAUGCCAAGAUGAAACAACUUGUUAAGGAAAUUGUUAAGGGGAUAAAUAAUGGAGUUGAUCCUCUCCCUGUUCAUAGUGGGCUUGGAGGAGCAUAUUAUUUCCGAAACAAAAGAGGUGAGAAUGUUGCCAUUGUGAAGCCAACAGAUGAAGAACCGUUUGCACCAAACAAUCCGAAAGGUUUUGUUGGUAAAGCUCUUGGGCAACCUGGCUUAAAGCGUUCUGUGCGUGUUGGUGAAACGGGGUUCAGAGAGGUGGCUGCAUAUCUGCUUGACUAUGAUCAUUUUGCAAAUGUACCACCUACUGCAUUGGUGAAUAUCACUCACUCAAUCUUCAAUGUAAAUGAUGGUGUGAAUGGAAACAAGCCUCAAAACAAGAAUCUUGUUAGCAAGAUUGCUUCUUUUCAACAGUUCAUUCCACACGAUUUUGAUGCCAGUGACCAUGGAACCUCAAGUUUCCCAGUUGCUGCUGUGCAUCGCAUUGGGAUACUAGACAUUAGGAUUCUUAACACAGAUAGGCAUGCAGGCAACCUUUUAGUAAGGAAGCUCGACGGUUUUGGCAGGUUUGGUCAAGUGGAACUUAUCCCUAUUGAUCAUGGCCUCUGCUUGCCAGAAUGUUUGGAAGACCCAUAUUUUGAAUGGAUCCAUUGGCCUCAAGCUUCAAUCCCAUUUUCAGAUGACGAGCUUGAGUAUAUAGAAAAUCUUGAUCCUAUUACAGAUUCAGAGAUGCUGCGAAGUGAACUCCCCAUGAUUCGAGAUGCUUGUCUGCGAGUACUGGUCUUAUGCACAAUUUUCCUCAAAGCUGCUGCUGUUAAUGGGCUAUGUCUUGCUGAGAUAGGUGAGAUGAUGAGUCGUGAGUUUCGCAGGGGUGAUGAGGAACCUAGUGAGCUCGAGGUUGUAUGCAUUGAAGCAAAAAGGCUGGUUGCAGAGGACAUGUCGCCCGAGGCUCGUGCUGAUGUCGAGGAGUUUCAAUUUGACAUAGAUUAUGAAGAUGGCAGGUCCGAUUUUACCCCUAGAAUGGUCUCUGAGGACUUCAUGGCAGGAACGCCCUUCCCUUUUGGAUUUGGAGGCAUUAGUGGCCGUACUGCCCUUUAUAAACUAGAGGAAAGCAUUGAAGAGGACGAGGAAGAGGAAAAUGAAAGAGAAGAUGAGGAAAAGGAAAAGGAAUUCGUUGGUGUCCCAAUCAUUGAAAGGAUCACUACCAUUUCGAACCUAUCCACAUCACUCAAAAAUACUAGCUUAGGUGAGAGCCAAAAGUUCACAAAAUUUUCAGGAGCAAAGCCUGAUCAUGGCUAUCUUGCUGGUUCAUCAUCAGGCCACAGGAGUGCAAAUGAGCAGCUUCCUGCGAGUGUGAGCUUUGUGAAGCUAGCAGACAUGAACGAGGAAGAAUGGGCACUGUUUCUGGAGAAAUUCCAAGAGCUGCUUUACCCUGCAUUUGAGAAGCGCAAGUCUGUGACCCUUGGCCAUAGGCAGAGGCAGAGGCUUGGGACCUCUUGCCAGUUUUGAGAGUGGUUUUUUAUUGCUGUGUCAACCGAAGAGAACAAGUUCUGGAGGUUUGUUUUAGGAUGUUGGUAGAUUUGGUUUACGCUUUACCCCAAAAAGUUGUGAUAGGUGGAAGGAGCGGUAAGGGACUGCUGUAAAUAUUCUUUGGUGUCAUCCAAGUAGAAGAAUCCGUAGCUUUGUUUGUUCGUUGAUUUUUUUUCUCUGCUCUAUGUUGUUUGAUAAAUAAUUUGUAGAACAAAAUCUUAUGAAGGAAAAAUCAAUUUUGUAAAUAUUUGAGAAUCCUCCGUGUACCUGUUUCAGUCAUUGUCCGGCAGUUCGCUUUUGACA